AUGGGUGGUGUGGCCGCAAAAGCCGUGGGCGUACACUAUACCGGCAGACCUGUGGUCCGCAAGAGCCUGCGGGCAAGGCAACGCAAUUCGAUGCCUAAGCCGCUCAAAAUUCCUGCAAAGGUCCCUGAAGAGGCCCAGAGCAAGAGUGCCCCUCUUGUCAUGUCUCAUCAAAUCAACUGCGUACCACCAAGCUGCCCACUGCGGUUACCUGUUCUUCCCAUGCCAGAGACCGUGAAGGCUUUGGAUCUUGAUACGGACACGGAAACCGAGGUUGGCAUUCCGCUUGAGGAUGUAGACAGGGACGAGGCCAAGAUGGCGCCAACACCGCCGUCCUUGACAGAUUUCUCCAACUACCUUGGUAUUUCCAUCAUGGACGAGGUUUGCGACGAUUCGUCAGUGACACUGGCGGGCUCCGAAACCUACAGCCGAGUACAGUCUGUAGAUGAUCUGUAUGGUUGGGAGGCGGAGUUGACUCGCAAAGUCAGUUGCGGCAUUGCUGCGACCAACGCGUGCCACUGUGAUUCCUUUGAUUACAGGCGAGCCAAUGGUCACAAACGAAGCUUGCUCCAUCGAGUCUUCAGCAUACCUUCAAGUCGCCGAACUUGA